AUGUAUUUGGAUGAAUUGAACAACUUUAAACCUAUCAGGGAAAAUAAUCCAAAAGACGUUGACGAGUUUGCGGAUUUGUUGGAUGUGGCAGUAACAAACUUAAAAGAAGCAAAUCGAACAGAAGAACUUGGCGAUGGGACAUUGUACCAUCAAUUGCAAAAAAAAGUUCCUGAGAUAAUGUUAAUUAGAUACAAACGAUGGGUGUAUGAAAACAAACUAAACGAAAAUGUUAAAACUCUAAAAACAAAGCACACUUUUUUUGAUCACUCUUACUUUGGUAACAGUGAUCAAAAAAAGAAAAUAAAUUGGAUACAGAAAUGUUCUGUAUGCAAAAACGAUCAUAAAAUAUGGGAGUGUCCGACGUUUCAAAAUCAAAAUAUUAAAGAAAGAUGGGAGACAGCUAAGAAAAAUAAACUCUGCUUUAGAUGCUUGAAUUCUAACCAUUCGUCAAAAGAAUGCAGGAACACAAGAAUUUGUGGGAUUGAUGGCUGUACAGAUACCCAUAAUCGUUUGCUUCACAAGAAAAGUCAUAAAAAAGAAACAAUUUCUGAAGACUACAAAGAAAAAGACACGAUAUUAGAAAAUUCUCAUACGUCGAACAUCCAAUUUCAUUCAAAUCACGUCAUGAACUACAUAUCUCUUAGAACGGUGCCAGUUAUUCUUCGUAAUGUAUAUAAAAAAGUGGUGGUAAACGCAUUGCUUGACGAUGGAAGUACCAAGACAUAUUUGAACUCUGAUGUAGCGGCUGAGUUGUCACUGCAAGGUAAAACCGAAAAAGUAACUGUAAACAUGAUAAAUGGAAAAAUUGAUUCUUUCGAAACGAUGCCGGUAGAAUUUCAGUUGGAAUCGUUGAAUGGAGAAACAAAAAUUACAGUGGAAGCUUUUACAGUUAAUAAUGUAACUGGAAACUUAAAAGCAGUUAAUUGGGCAAAUAUGUCAAAAAGUUGGAAACAUCUAAGAAAAAUCGAAUUCCCAAAUAUUGGACCAAAACCAAAAAUUGACAUUCUAAUCGGUGUGGAUUACGCUGAGCUGCACUGUGCAAUUAAGGAAGUAAAAGGAGGAUUUAAUGAACCAGUGGCUCGACUCACGCCGCUCGGAUGGACAUGUGUUGGUGGUACUGGUGGAUCUCUUCAAACCCAUUUUACGAAAAUAACAUCUAGUACAAAGGAAAUAGAAGAUGCAAACAACACCAUUAAAAAAUUAUGGGAAAUUGAAGGCGACGAAGAGAUGCAAUUUAGAAAAAUAAUGACAAGUCCAGAAGACUCUACCGCCCUUAAUAUAAUUACAAAAUACGGAAAAACGGCUAAUGAAAAACAAAAGUUUAGGAGAAGGAGUACAAUAGGAGAAGAGUACAAUAAUAUUAUUAAGCAGUAUCAAGAAAAGGGAUACUUGGAGAAAAUCAAUAAAAGGGAUCUUGGAGAUGGUUGGUACUUACCACAUUUUCCAAUUCUUCGUCCUGAUAAAUCAACUACAAAAGUCAGAAUUGUGUUUGCUGGAUCUGCAAAAUAUAAUGGUAAAUCAAUUAAUGAUGUUAUUUAUCAAGGUCCAAAACUUUAA